GCAAAUUCUAAACAUUAUUAAGGUGGAUUUCAAUAACGAGAAAUGGAGGGGCGCAAAUAUUAGACAAAUUUGGUCCAGGUGAUACUAUCAAUAAGAAUUCGUCCGGCACAAAACCCCUUCCCAUCUCCCCUCUUCACUUUAGUUUUUACUUCUCCCUCCGUUCUUCUCGCAGCGGCUAGGGUUCUUAGACUUCUUACCCGACUUAGAUCCAAGAAAUUCAAGAUGAAUGUAGAAAAGCUUCAAAAGAUGGCUGGUUCAGUCAGGACAGGUGGAAAGGGAACCAUGAGGAGAAAGAAGAAGGCAGUUCACAAGGCAAAUACAAAUGAUGACAAACGGCUUCAGAGCACACUAAAGAGAAUUGGUGUGAAUGCCAUUCCUGCAAUUGAGGAGUUAAACAUUUUCAAGGAGGAUGCAGUAAUCCAGUUCCUUAAUCCCAAAGUUCAAGCCUCAAUUGCUGCAAAUACCUGGGUUGUCAGUGGUUCUCCUCAAACCAAAAAGUUGCAGGAUAUUCUUCCUCAAAUUAUUCACCAAUUGGGUCCUGAUAACCUGGAACACUUGAAGAAGUUGGCUGAACAGUUCCAGAACCAGGCAUCUGGUGCUGCUGCAGGUUCAGCCGAUGGUGCUGCUGUGGCACAAGAUGAUGAUGAUGAUGUCCCCCAACUUGUGCCUGCUCUACUCCGUUCAUUGGAAGCAAAUGAGAGUGCCGCUGGAGUUCCUGCCCGAAGUGUUGCUGCUCCCCGAAGUGUUGCUGCCGGAGUUUUCUUCCCGAGCAGCCUGCUUGAGUUUUAUUCUGCCCGAUCUACCCGCUGGGUAGUUAAUUCGAGAGAGCAAAUCUGCUCACACGGCGAUGAGGACCCAAACAUCAGAGCAUACUUGAGAGCGGCUGCAACAGCUGGAUCGCUGUUGGGCAUCGGCGACGGGAGAGAGAGCUUCGUCCGGGGUUACAACAGUAGCCCUUGGUCCGGAUCUGGGAACAACACCCAGAAGCGGAGAGCAACCCUGUACUCCGGCAUCGAUGACAUCGUCCGGCGAACCGAGAGCGUCGCUGCACCUCGUGGCCACACAGCAAAAUUUGGUGAUGAUAAGAAACUUGACGACAUUAAUUCGCCCGGCACAAAACCCUUUCCAACUUCCCAUUUCACUUCACUUUUUACUCCUCCCUCCGUUCUGCUCUCUGCGGCUAGGGUUCUUACCCAACUUAGAUCCAAGAGAUUCAAGAUGAAUGUAGAAAAGCUUCAAAAAAUGGCUGGUUCAGUCAGGACAGGUGGAAAGGGAACCAUGAGGAGAAAGAAGAAGGCAGUUCACAAGGCAAAUACAAAUGAUGACAAACGGCUUCAGAGCACACUGAAGAGAAUAGGUGUGAAUGCCAUUCCUGCAAUUGAGGAGUUAAACAUUUUCAAGGAGGAUGCAGUAAUCCAGUUCCUUAAUCCCAAAGUUCAAGCCUCAAUUGCUGCAAAUACCUGGGUUGUCAGUGGUUCUCCUCAGACCAAAAAGUUGCAGGAUAUUCUUCCUCAAAUCAUUCACCAAUUGGGUCCUGAUAACUUGGAACACUUGAAGAAGUUGGCUGAACAGUUCCAGAACCAGGCAUCUGGUGCUGCUGCAGGUUCAGCCGAUGGUGCUGCUGUGGCACAAGAUGAUGAUGAUGAUGUCCCCCAACUUGUGCCUGGUGAAACUUUUGAAGCUGCUGCUGAGGAUCACAACUAAAACGUUUAUUAAAUUUUGUGCCAUCUUUGGGUUUUCAAAUCUUUCCAAAUCUGUGUUAUCCUUAGUUGGAUGCUCAAUCUGAUGUCUCUUGUGUCUUGUGAAACAUGAAUGCAUUUAUUAGUGUUUUACCCUUUUCCUCUACAGAAUUCUCCCAUGUUAUACUCAGUAUUUAUAAAGGGUGUCUUUGGAGGGUAA